CAACCACCUCUCUCUCUACACUCCACCAUCCUUUCCAAAACACUCGUUAAUCAUGCGAAAUCUAGACUUUACACUGCUCUUCCUCUUCUUCAUAGUCUUCUCCCUCCAAACCGCCGCCCAAACCGACAUCCUCCAAUAUGUCGACCAACUCAUCGGCACCAACAACGGCGGCAACGUCUUCGCAGGCGCCACCCUCCCCUACGGAAUGGCCAAAGCAGUCGCCGACGUCGACGGCCAGAACACAGGCGGCUUCUCGACCGACGGCUCGAACGUGACCGGCUUCUCGCACAUGCACGACAGCGGAACGGGCGGGAAUCCUUCCCUAGGAAACUUCCCCCUCUUCCCGCAAUUGUGUGCUGAAGAUCAGGUUGAUAAUUGUGAGUUCUUGAUAGAGGGCAGGGCGACGCAUUAUGUGAAUGAGUCGGUGGUUGCGACGCCGGGGUAUUUUGCGCUGGAUUUGGUGAGUGGGGUGAGUGCUGAGAUGACGGUUAGUCGACAUGCGGCGUUGUAUCGGUUUACGUUUCCGGCGGAUCAGAAAGCCAGCAAUGGAUCGGUGUUGAGUCCGUUGAUUCUGUUGGAUUUGACGGAUCUGAGCGCGAGUCGACAGAAUGCUGCGGUUAUCUUGGAUGAGAAGACUGGCAGGAUGAUGGGGAAUGGGACGUUCAUUCCUAGUUUUGGGAGUGGGAGUUUUGUGUUGCAUUUUUGUGCUGAUUUUGAGGGCGCGACGGUGAAGGAUAAUGGGAUCUGGGUUAAUAAUAGGGCGGGGACGGAACCGAAGGAGUUGUUUGUUACAAGGGGGAUUAAUUUGUUUUAUAUACAGGCGGGGGCUUGGAUUCGGUUUGAGGCGACGGAGACGAAUGAGAUUAGCGCGAGGGUUGGGGUUAGUUUUGUCAGUCCUGAGCAGGCGUGUCAGAAUGCUGAGACGGAGAUUCCUGGUCCGAAUUGGGAUUUUGAUGGUUUACAAUCGAGCGCUGAAGAUGCUUGGAGGGAGAAAUUAGGUGGUGUCACGAUUGAGGCGGGUGGGCAGGAUGAUAGUUUUCUUACAAAUUUCUACAGUGCUAUGUACAGGACGAUGAUGUCUCCUCAGAAUUAUACGGGAGAAAAUCCACUGUGGAAGAGCACGGAGCCAUACUAUGACUCCUUUUAUUGUAUCUGGGACGCCUUUCGAUCUCAACUCCCAUUCUUGACUAUCAUCGAUCCAGACACGCUUUCUGAGAUGGUUCGUAGCCUGAUAGACACAUAUGUCCAUCUUGGCUGGCUUCCUGAUUGCCGUAUGAGUCUUUGCAAAGGCUUCACUCAAGGCGGAUCAAACGCAGAUGUGGUCCUCACCGAUGCGCAUGUCAAAAACUUGACAGGUCCAACGCCAAUAAAUUGGAAUCUUGCUCUACAAGCUGUGAUCAAUGAUGCUGAAAAUGAACCUCUGGAUUGGUCGAAUGAAGGACGAGGUGGUCUUCAGAGCUGGAAGACACUCAACUACAUCCCUUACCUUGAUUACGACUAUCUCGGAUUCGGAACCAAUUCUCGGAGCAUUUCCCGCACACUCGAGUAUUCUUACAACGACUUCUGUAUCUCCACAUUCUCAAAGUCUAUGGGAUUAAGUAACUACACAACCUAUCUCUCCAGGUCCUCGAACUGGCAAAAUCUAUACAAAUCCGACACGAAGAGUUUCAUCAACGGCAACGACACAGGCUUCACUGGAUUCUUGCAACCCAAAUAUCUUAACGGAACAUGGGGCUACCAAGAUCCCAUCCUCUGUUCACCCCUCGAUUCAUUCUGUUCCCUAACCGACAACCCACAAGAAACAUUCGAAGACUCGAUCUGGGAGUAUCAAUUCUUCGUCCCACACGACAUCGCAACACUUAUCAAACAGUGGGGAGGCGUCGAUGCUUUUAUUUCUCGCCUCAACUUCCUCCACACCAGCGGCCUGACAGACAUCGGCAACGAACCCUCGUUCCUAACUGUAUUCCUGUACCACUACGCCGGCCGUCCCGCUCUCUCUGCAGAUAGGGUCCGAAGCUACAUCCCCUCCCAAUUCAACGCCACGACCACCGGUCUCCCUGGCAACGACGACACGGGAGCCAUGGCAUCAUUCACAGCUUUUUGUCUUUCGGGACUGUUCCCUAAUCCAGGGCAAAACGUCUACUUCAUCACGCCUCCUUUCUUCGAAUCCAUCUCUUUCACGAAUCCGCAGAAUGGGAAGGUGGCGACAAUCCGCAAUGUGGGAUUUGUUGCAAAUGCGAGUUUGUAUGUGCAGAGUGCGACGUUGAAUGGGGUGGGGUAUAAUAAGAGCUGGAUUGGACAUGAGUUUUUUUCGGAGGGGUGGACGUUGGAGUUGAUGUUGGGAGAUGAGGAGAGUGAGUGGGGGACGAAGGAAGAAGAUUUGCCGCCUAGUGUUAGUACGGGGGUUGGGGGGAUGAUGGGUUAGAUGGAAGUUGUGGGUUUGAGGAGAGAUGUUGAUGCUCUCUGAGACAUUUCGCUUGGGUAGGCGAGUGAAAAGGGGGAUGAUGUUUCUGCCUUGACAAUGUGCUAUAAGAGAGAGGAUAGGGAACUGGGUACAGGUGAGGAAGAUAAUCCGUCCAGGCAGCGGAGAAUCCGCCUCCAAGAAACAGGCCUUGUUCCGUUGGUGACCUCGAUGCAUUCAAUCACAAGUCACGUGGCAACCGGUGCUCUUCAUCUGUAUCUACAUCGGUAAUGGUAGAAUAAAUGAAUGUCUAAUGUCCCAC